GAAGGUUAGUCUUAACCCGAUCGUCCGUCGUAUAGAACCUUUAUAAUAGUUACUUUUUUGUGAAUCUAUAGACUUGUGUACAGAUCUCAUCGACCAAAGUUAUUUUUAGAUUCGUUUUAACUUAACAAAAACCGCAAUCAUGAAAAUCACCUGUCUGGUUUUAUUCUUUGUGGGAUUAGCUGCUUUUGCUAGUGCAGAAUCUGGCUACUUUGUUCCCAAAGCGUUUUACAAAUUAGAUGCUGAGGGCCAUAAGUCGAAUGUCCAUGAAAUCAAUCCACACCAAGCAAAUAUCUUGAGGCGUUUGAGGAGACAAACUUCGUCUAGCAGUUCAAGUAGCAGCUCUACUUUCACAGCUAAUGGUGGACCAACUUUUUUUGAACAUCAUAAUUCAGUUAAGACCGAUGUUGGGGGUUUUGGACUUCAGAGCCGUUUUGGUGGUGAUGAUGAUUCCAUUGGAUUUGGGCAUGCAGUUCAUACACAAGGUGUGAUUAGUAAUGGUCGUGUUGUUUAUCAAGAAACUAAACACCAAAAAUUGUAAAAACCAUUUUAAACUUUAAAGGACUUUUAAAUUUCGGUAUUUCUGAAUAAAGAACACUCAUUUUUGUAUUAAAGGAAACUAA